AUGGGUAAAUCCGCAGGGCGCUGCAGCACGCACCAUCCAGCCCGGAACCUCCCAUCGCGCCUGAAGGCUCACGGUCACGUGGUCCCCAAAACGCAUAUAAAUCAGCAGAUUCUCAGUUCAAGCAACGAAAACAAGGAGCCCAAGGAACGCAAUUAUGGAGAACAGAAGCUCCGUGCUCCACCUCGCACAUUUGAAGCCCCGUACUCUAUACAUGUGCUAAUAUUCAGCCUGUGCCUUGCGAUGUACCUAACUAUAACUGCAACCAAUCUGCUGGUGCUCGUGACGGUGACAGUGUCCACAGACUUACACAAGCCCAUGCACAUUUUUUUGUGCAAUCUCGCAAUUGACGACAUCAUUAUCAGCACAGGUGGCUUGCCCAAGCAGCUGCAAGUUCUCCUGACGGGCAACAGAGAGAUCCUGUACGUGUCAUGUGUCGCACAGAUGUUCACAAUUCACAUGUCUGCAUUGAAUGAGAUUUUUACAUUGGCUAUAAUGUCUGUUGAUCGCUACCUGGCCAUCUGCUACCCAUUGCACUACAACACCAAGGCUACUGCAAAGAGAUCAAUUUUCAUACAUCCUUUUGCCGCGCUUGUGAAGGAUGCGAACAGCGAUGGCGUCAACUUGAGAUGCGCCGCUCAGUUGGUGUUCUUGCUCAGCCCGAUUGCGAACGUACUCAUUUAUUGCCUACGCACCCUAGAGCUGAGGCUCGCAAUUAAUACGCAAUUCAACAAGAUAUUGAGAAAGUGUCCACGGCGGUCCGCUGAUCCUUGUGUUAACCGCGUGCCUCGGUGCGUCGCACGGACGUCCGGGUCGCUGGCUCGAGCUGCGUCUGGUCGCCUGGCGCUGGAGUAA